GUAAGCUCCGCCCUUUUCUGUCUGGCCUUCCUACAUCACUUCCGGGAGCAGCUGCACGGUUGUAACCAGGAGCAACGCGGAGAGAAAUGAUCCCAAUGAACCGGACCAUACAGGAAUGGAUAUACUCUCUGAUUCUUCUUACCAUUGUGUUGCUUUCAUGGGGAUAUGUUAUUUACGCAACACGAAUAGCAGCCAAGUGGCAUCUAAAGGAGCUCUAUCCCCUGCAAGCACAAGAUCUUUGAGGAAACCAUGGCAGAGUCCUUCUACAGAUAUGCCAGAGCAUUUAGGAUAGUUCCAGCCAGUCUUUAAAUUUCACAGCAAGGACCCAAUAUAAAAUGAACAUUGAGCUUGGAAUUAAUAUCUGCUUUUAAGACAACUUGAAUGGAGUAACACCUUUUUCUCAGCUCUUAUGCUGAUACAGUUUAGAAGAAAUAUGCCAAAUGCUGUCAUCCUAAAAGAAUUACUCUUAAAAACAACUCCACCAGUCUUGCAAAUAGAGCAGUCCAUGUCUGAAGAUUUCACAUUAUUUUACUGCUAAAGAAGUGUACUAAACCAACAACCAUGCAAUAGUGAUUUCGACUGAAUAUUUUGUAAGAAAAUUUCAUUUAUAUAACAGAUUUAAUGCUGAAGAAACAAGAAGUUUUGAUAACCCGAGAGAAUAAGGAUUUGCUGUAUUGUAUUACCUAAUAUUUACAUGGUUACAUCAACAAUACAGGGAGAAAUUGACACUGAGCAGUGACAAAGCAAAGAAUUAAAAUGGAAUUUUGUUUAAUUAUAAAUGUUAUAUUGUUUUGUAAACUGUAUAUUAAACAUUUAUUGAACUAUUUAACAUUGAAGUGUAAAUUGAGCUUCUUCUUCAAGUCUGUUGUUUAAUACAAACUAAAUCUGUCUCAUUCCAUAUCUCUAAAUAGAUAAAUUUUGCUAUCUAUUUACAAUUACUGACUUGGCUUUUAUUUAAAAAAUGAUGGUUACAA